UCAGUGUGAGCGCGCGCUAGAGAGCGGGAGGGGGGGCUUGAAACCGUCUCUCAUUUCCUCUGCCUUGUUUUGUUCUCCAUGUUGGAACCGAAUUGAGCGAUUUUUAUUUUCACUCUUUUACUUUAUGGCUCCAGAAAAGUGACACUGAACAUUUGUAUAUUGGACAAUUUGCGCGAGGCGGAAGUUUGUUUUGGGGCGAAAGGCGCGCGCUCGUGUUCGGAUGCAGUGUGUUUUUAAUGGUUUAUUUCUCUGUGUGUGUGUGUGAGUGUGAGUGUGAGUGUGUGUGUGUGUGUGUGUGUGUGUGUGUGUGAGUGUAACAGACUGUGUGAGUAAUGCGUGUUUAAUGAAAGUGAGAUUGAGAAACUGGAUUUUAUUAGAUGGAAAGUUCUGUCAUCACACAAGUGCAGAGAGAAGAUCAGCUGCCCUCCAAAACAGGCCAGGUGAAAAAAUGUUCUCUGAAGAAGCCCCGGAGCAGGAACAUCUUUAAAGCUCUGUUCUGCUGCCUGCGUGCACAAGAUGCUGCUCAGACACCGCUGCCUUCCCAUGAUGCCUUGCUCCCUACAGAGGAGAACGGAUCCAUCACAAAGGUGUGUGAGUCGAGUCUGCUGCCGGACGUGACUCCGGAGGACGAGGGGAAGAUCUGUGUGGUUAUUGAUCUGGAUGAGACUCUGGUCCACAGCUCCUUUAAGCCAAUCAGUAACGCUGACUUUAUCGUUCCGGUGGAGAUCGAGGGAACCACACACCAGGUGUACGUCCUCAAGAGGCCACAUGUCGAUAAGUUCCUCCAGCGAAUGGGAGAGAUGUUUGAGUGUGUGUUGUUCACCGCCAGCCUCGCUAAAUACGCUGACCCGGUUACAGAUUUACUGGAUCAGUGUGGAGUUUUCCGAGCGAGACUGUUCCGUGAGUCGUGUGUUUUCCAUCAUGGCUGUUAUGUUAAAGAUCUGAGUCGACUCGGCCGACAGCUCAACAAAACCCUCAUCCUGGACAAUUCUCCUGCAUCCUACAUCUUCCAUCCUGAAAACGCUGUCCCUGUGCUGUCGUGGUUCGAUGACGUAGAGGACACGGAGCUGCUGAAUUUACUGCCCGUGUUUGAGGAACUGAGCUGCGCCGAUGAUGUUUACGCCAAACUGCGUCAGCUCCGAGAGCCGUGACGUCAAUCACUCCUCAGGCUCCAGCUCUAAACCUCCCAACCUCAAAACCUCGCCUUUACAACCUCGCACAUGCCUUAAUCUGUCAGAGAAAACAACAUGCAUCACUGAGCGAAUGUCGCUGUCCUCUUCCACAUCAUCAUCUUCAUCAUCAUCUUCAUCAUCAUCUUUCAGCGUUCCGUGAUGUUUAAUGAAACAUUUGAACUCAGAUGCUGAAACUUUCUAAAGGAUUUUUUUUUGUCAGGGAACAAAAAGAACCAAACACUAAAACACUCCAUCAAACACGAGCUCAGAUGUAGAUUAUAAAUCUGAGCACAUAAAGCACAGGAACACACACAUGCACACGCACGCACACACACACACACAUGCACGCACACACACACUCACACACACACUCACACACACACACACACACACACCAGUCACUUCUCAGGUUUAACUUUAUUACCCAAAUUUUAUUCCAAAAUGAUUUCAGAUCUUUUAAAAGUUAAAUCCAAAAUGAUUUUUUUUCCUCACACACACACACACACACACACACACACACACACACACACACACACAUCUAAUCCUGUAUAAACACACAUUUCCCAAAUUCUCCUGAUUUUUUUUUCCUCUGUUUUAAAUCUGUUUACAUUUAACUGGGUUUUAAAGUUUUAUUCAAUCAGAAACUCAAGUAUUGUUUUUAAACACAGCUUUUAAAAAUAAAAAAAAUAAAUUUUUAAAAUUUAUUUUAUACGUUUAUUUUGAACAAGGCCACAGUUUUCUCAGUGUUUUUGAAACUGUAGCAUUAUUUUUAGCCAAUCAUAAAAAUAGAAAAUAAUCCAAAAUCUCCAAACUUUCAGCUUUACCAAAGUUUCUGUGUUUUUUCUUUUUAUUUUAGUUUUAAAUGAACAAACGUGUCACUGACGUCAGCACUGAAUAUUUAAACUCUAAACACAUCACACUUUAAACAAAAAUGUAUUAAAAUAGGUUUCUGUGAUUUGGACCUGAGGAACGUUUCUGCUGGUCAGAGGAACUUUUAAACUCGAAGCCAAAAAAACAACAGAACAGAAAACAUUAUUGUUUUUGUGUCUUGUAGCAGUUUUAUAAUCUGACGUGAUGAUUGGACGUGGAUUUGUUUUUGUUUUAAAAUAAGUGUAAAUCAUUUUUAUUUGAAAUCUGAAUUACAAUCAGCGUCACUGAGCUCCAUCAUUGUUUCUACUGAAUGCUGGGAAAAUAUUAUGUUCUGUAACUUUACUGUGUGGCUCAAAGUGUUUGUUUAACCCUGAAUAGCUAUGAAGCUAAUGUAGCUAACGUAACGGAAGCGUACGGCCUCCACGAUUCAUCACACACUAUUACACUUUAACUCACUUUAAAGUUUCGUUAUUAAAGUUUUAACAGAUUUUUAUGUGAUUUAAAUUUAGUGCCUCAGUUUGGACUUAAAUUUCUCGGUUUGUUUUGUUUGUUUUGUUGUUUUUUUUUGUCCUAAAUACAUUUUUACUUCUCUUAUUCCUCAGUAAAGUUUGCUGCUUCCAUUUUUUAUUAUUAAUUUUCUAACAGGAACAAAUUUUUGAUCAUUAUAAGUCAGUGAUCACACACACACACACACACACACACACACACACACACUUUUGUUCUGUUGUAGAAAUGUGUCGUGUCAAAAGUGAAUGGAAACACAAAUGUUUCUGACCUGCUCAGUGUUCUAUUACACACACACACACACACACACACACACAGGUUCAGUGUAACACCUGUUUAUUGUACACAGUGAUUCUGUUGUUUCAGACUAUGCAGACUGUAAAAUGAAAAAAAACCUUUUAUGUUGAUUUUGUUUACAGUUUUUGUUUUUAUUUUUUUUUCUUACAUUUUUACUGUUUUACAUAUAAACCUGCUGGAGCUUCUACAGUUCUGUUUAUAAAAAUAUAUAUAUUUUUUUUGAUUUAUGAAAUUUGGAAAUUGGCAAUAAAAUGAUUGUUUCUACGAA